GCUAGUCCCUCUGCCGCAAACCCCACGUACCAUGUCGCAAAACCGAUGUUUGGUGUUGUUGGAGAAGUAAACUGUCAUUUGGCCAGUGAUAUCCAGACCGCGAUAGAUUCCACUGUUUAAGAUAUGUUUUAGUGUUUUGCUAAAUGUAUCUUCAUGCGAGCCGGUUCAGUUUAACAACAAGAUGGACGACCCUGUAGGCUUUUAGGAGCCAGAAGAUGAGCUGAGCUACAGCAAAACAAGCUCGAAAAAUGGCAACAUACAACGCCGAAGUCGCUGCAGGACACUCUGUUGUGGUGGAGGUGAGCCCAGAUAUUCACAUCUGCGGCUUCUGCAAGCAGCAGUUUAAUAAUUUUGAGGUCUUUCUCGCCCACAAGCAAAAUGGAUGCUCGCUACCCAGCUCUGACACAUCAGCCACCACUGCAACGACAGCUCUCACAGAUUCCAGUGCCGAGUUUGUCUUCGAGGAAACCUACCAGACCUGUGUUAUGAGGGGUGUCAAAAAGAUUCUGACCAAAGCGCAGAAAACACCUUCCAAAAAAUUAAAACCUUCGCUGACUUCAAAGAGACACAGCUGCUGUUUCUCAGGUUGCACUUUCAAGACGCAGUAUGGUCAAAAAGACAUGGAGCGGCACCUCAAAACCCACACCGGCGAGAAGCCGUUUGAGUGCGAGCUGUGCCACAAGCGCUUCAGUCGCCGGGACAAGCUCAACGUGCACAGCCGCUCGCACACAGGGGAGAAGCCGCACAAGUGCAAACACUGUCCCUACGCAGCGGCAGACAGCAGCAGUCUGAAGAAGCACCUGCGCAUCCACUACGACGAGCGGCCAUUCAAAUGCCAGAUCUGCCCUUACGCCAGCCGCAACUCCAGCCAGCUCAUUGUUCACCUCCGGUCGCACACUGGGGACGCACCUUUCCAGUGCCAGCAGUGCGACGCAAAGUUCAAAAUCAACUCGGACCUGAAGAGGCACAUCCGGAUUCACUCUGGAGAGAAGCCAUACAAGUGUGAGCUCUGUGACUACCGCUGCGCCAUGAAGGGCAACCUGAAGUCUCACAACAGGAUCAAGCACAGCACUGAGAACUCCUUCCACUGUGCGCACUGUGACUUCCAGUGUGCCAACAAGACGGCUCUGCGGCAACACUCGCGAGAACACCAGCCCACUCAGCCCAUCCAGUGUUCCAAGUGCACUUACUCGUGCUCCAGCAAGGGGGCGCUCAAAGUCCACGAGAGGAUCCACUCUGAGGAGCGCCCCUUCAAAUGUGACUUCUGCAACUUUUCCUCCAAGCAGCGCAGCAACCUCAUCAUCCACAAAAAGAAGUGCCACUCAGACACGCUGGAAAAGGGCAGCGGUGGGAAAGGCGGCAGAGGUGGAGGGAAGAGCAGAGGGAGUGACUCUCCGAAGCCCGUGGACUCCAGGUAUCGGGCCAAGCUGGAUGCGGCCCGGGCUUUCUGCUGUGACUCGUGUGACGCUUGCUUUGUGAGGGAAGACUCCCUGCGCAGUCACAAGAAGCAGCACAGAGACACUCAGAACGUGCUGCAGCUCCAGCUCUCCACCCCGGCCGAUGCAGUCAACAUGGUUCCCAUCGCAACAUCACAGAGCACCGCCCAGCUGGAAGUCCCCAUCUCGUCUGACUCAAUGGCUCCUUACAGCAGUGCACAGCUCAAAAUCAUUGUAUCUCACCCCCUCGGCCAGGAGAACUCCUUGCUUCCAGCUGGUGUGGACAGUCAGAACAAGACCAACAUGGUUCUGCUCAGCCCAGAAAGCCAGGACAUGGUGGUCAACUCCAUGAUCCAGCAGGUCAACCUGUUGGCGCCUAUGCAACCUCUCGUGUCCUCCCAGACUGCCGAAGCGACCCUUGAACCCCACACGGUCCUGUUGACACAGCUCAACCCCGAUGACACCAACAACCCGCUCCACCAGGCCCUGCUGCAGACGGCCAUAACCACUCAGGACUCCAGCAGCGGCUCGCAGACCUUCAUCACAACCUGCUCUGAACUGGAGGGUCUCAACGCCCUGAUCCAGGAGGGCGGCACCGAGGUGACGGUCGUGACAGAAGGCAACGCCGCCAUGGUGACCGCAACCACACCCAACAUGGUCUGCGGUCUGUCGGAGGAUAUGUCCAAGCGAGCGGGGCCGGUUGCGGUGGAGCAGAGUGCCUUACCCAGCGAGGAGAGCGCGUUGCUGGUGCCAAACAUCAGCCUGGGCGGUCAGAAUGUGGUCAUCCACGGCGUUCCCCUGAUAGUGACCACUCAGCCACAGCAGAGCGCCAUAGAGCAGCUCUCUCCUCACACACUCUACGCAGACUCACACACACUGGAAGGCAUCCCACAAUGAGCAGAGGGUUUCGGUGUGAAUGGAAAGACUGUACCUGCAUCAUAAGCUAUUUCUUUGCCAGUAAGAACUCGCAGGCCAUUAACAGAAAGCAGCUUCUGUUUCGGGCAACUUAAUCUUUAACCACUGUAGUAACAAUAAUGUUGACUUCGGAGACGUAUUAGUUUUCAGAUUUUUGGAAUAAUUUAUUGUCGUAGCGCAAUAGCUAGAUCAUGUUGAACAUUGAAUCACUGUUUGAAUGUGAAAAGUUGAGCAUUUGGUCAUAAUUUCAUGAACUCUAUUUUCAAGUGUCACUUUUGGAAGGCAUCAAAAUCGAGAUAAACCUAAUUUCAAAUAAAUUAUUGAUUAAAAUAAGGUUUAUUUUUCAUGAGAGGAACCUUCGAAAGAGGAAUAAAGUCUGAAACAGAAGGACA